AUGAAUUCGAUCGGCAAACUAGAAGAAUUUGAUGAAACACGCAACGAUUGGACUGCAUAUAUAGAAAGAGUUGAACAGUAUUUCCUUGCGAACGAUGUAGCCGAUGAUAAAAGAGUUCCAGUUUUGUUGACAGUGAUCGGAGGUAAGACGUAUAGUUUAUUACGAACACUGACUUCUCCUGAUAAACCUUCGACCAAAUCAUUUGAUCAAAUAGUGGCAAUCUUAAAGGGACAUUUGUCGCCCAAACCCUUACUGAUCGCAGAACGAUUUAGAUUUCAUAAGCGAGAUCAAAGAGACGAUGAAAAUACUAAUACUUAUGUGGCUGAAAUUAAGAAGUCAUCCGAACACUGUGAGUUUGGUACAGCGUUAAAUGACUCGUUAAGGGACAGAUUUGUUUGUGGACUAUACAAUGAAUCUAUUCAGAAACGCUUACUUGUCGAAACCAGCCUUACGUUCGAGAAAGCUUUAAAACUUGCGGUUGCCAUGGAAACGGCCAUGAAAGAUUCACUUGAGUUGAGGGGGAAAGCUAAGACAAUACCUCCUGUGAACAGCAUUCGUGAAGUCCCAAUGCAACAUAAACGUUAUAGAUGUGGGAAAGAGGGGCACGAACCCCAGGAAUGCUAUUUCAAAGAUCAAUAUUGUAGAAACUGUGGGAAAAAGGGCCAUAUAAAACGUGUAUGUAGGGGGAAGCCUUUUAAACAAAAUUCCCCUAUCAAGCCAAGUUCGAGCAAGAAAAAGGGCCCAGAAGUACAUAAGGUUCAAAACGAAAGUGAUAGUGAUAGCGAGGACACCUUGGCAUCCCUAGAACUGCACAAGGUUUCUAAAGCCCACACUAAUAUAAUCUGGGUAACCCCCGACGUGGAAGGGAAACCCCUGCAAAUGGAAUUAGACACUGGCUUUGCUGUAUCUGUACUUCCACUUAGUAAAUAUAGCACAACGUUUAAGUCAAGCAAACUCCACCCAACAACCACUGUCCUCAAAACCUACACCGGGGAGAGAAUCCAACCCGUAGGAGUCUUGAAUGUCGAAGUUAAGUAUAAAGAAGAGAUGCAGAAGCUAAAUUUGUAUGUGGUCGAAACAAAGGGGCCUGCCCUCUUUGGUCGAGACUGGCUAGAAAAGAUCACACUAGAUUGGAAAGCAAUCAACACAUUGGCAACCACACCACCAGGAAAUCCAUCAACCCAAUUACAAGAGAUCCUUGAUAAAUACAGGGAUGUCUCCGAAGAAGAUAUUGGUAUGCUAAAGACUACCAAAGCAAAGCUGACCCUGAAAGAAAACAGCCAGCCAAAGUUCUGCAAAGCGAGACAAGUACCAUAUGCUCUGCGACCAAAAGUUGAGGCUGAGUUGACCAAGUUGCAGAAUGACGGCAUCUUGACCAAAGUUGAUUGGAGUGAAUGGGCAACCCCGGUUGUUCCAGUGAUAAAGAAGAAUGGCAAUGUUCGAUUGUGUGGUGAUUUCAAGCAAACCAUCAAUCCAGUCUUGCACGUUCAACAAUACCCGCUCCCAAGGAUUGAUGAUAUUUUUGCCUCCCUCGGCGGUGGGCAAAAUUUCAGCAAGAUUGAUCUGCGACAGGCGUAA